GUCCUCGCGCUCUGAUCUGCUCCGCUCUGCUCUGCCGUCCUCGCGCGCUCUCCUGAGCCAAUGACACGCCGCGUACAAAACGUUUCAAAUAUUAAACUACGACGUGCUUUAAAAAAAAAACACAGCCACUUUAACCCGCACCUUAAACACAUGUAUUACUUUAAAUAUUUUAUAAAAACGACGGGUUUAUGACGGAAUUCCUUUACAUCGUUAUAACCAAGCUACAGUGUUUUUAUUUCUCUCCGAACCGCACUAACCGCCUUUUUAAACCAGUGUCUACACGUGACUGAGAGAAAAACGUGAUUUAUUUUAGCUACAGAUUCGUUUAUUUUCUGUGUAACGUAACAUCAGGGAAGAGAACCGUGUGUGGGCGGAGCUUCGUGGGUCACGUGUCGCUGGAGCGUCUGCUGCUAUAAAUACCAAGCGCACAAGCGCCUUGUUUUCAUUCGCUUCAGGACGUCCAGAGUGGAGGGUCGGAGAUACGGAGAGAGAUAAAUAUAUACACACACACAUAUAUAAAACAGCGUUUGAGAGACCAUGGCUCGUACCAAGCAGACUGCUCGUAAGUCCACUGGUGGGAAAGCGCCCAGGAAACAACUGGCCACAAAAGCAGCGAGGAAGAGUGCGCCCUCCACUGGCGGAGUCAAGAAACCACACAGAUACAGGCCCGGAACUGUCGCGCUGAGAGAGAUCCGUCGUUACCAGAAGUCGACCGAGUUGCUCAUUCGUAAGCUGCCGUUUCAGCGCCUGGUCAGAGAAAUCGCACAGGAUUUCAAGACUGACCUGAGGUUCCAGAGUGCAGCCAUUGGUGCUCUUCAGGAAGCAAGUGAGGCUUACCUUGUCGGCCUGUUUGAAGACACUAACUUGUGUGCCAUUCACGCCAAGAGGGUCACGAUCAUGCCCAAGGACAUCCAGCUGGCGAGGCGAAUCCGAGGGGAGCGAGCAUAAUGAAAUUUGUCAUGUUUUAAUCUUUGUUAACCAUACACCCUAAAGCAGUGGAUUUUAACUGAUUGCAUAAUUUUGUAAAACAUUCCCUUCAGACUCAGGUUUCUGGUGAAUAAUGUGUAUUUACUAUUAGCAGUGCUCAUUGUAGAGUAGCAUUAGUUUGCAUGCUGCACUAUUUAUCUUUUUACAUUGAUUAUUGGGUUGUUAAUAAAAUUUUACUACCUCA